AACAAUUGUGGUGACCGAGUGGCGAACCAAGUUCCAGCGGCGCAUGAAUCUGGCCGAUAAUGCACAGAAAGCGAGAAGCGUUGAUUCUUUGUUGAAUUUUGAAACCGUCAAAUACUACGGAGCAGAGCAGUACGAGGUCGAUUGCUACCGGAAGGCUAUCCUUAAAUUUCAGGAUGAAGAGUGGCGCUCGUCUAUUACCCUGAACAUUCUGAACACGAUGCAGAACAUUAUCGUGUGCGGUGGCUUGCUGGCCGGUUCGCUGCUCUGUGCCUAUCUGGUGGUGUACCACGAAGGACUAACCGUCGGUGACUACGUCUUGUUUGCCAGUUACAUUAUUCAGCUGUACGUGCCCCUGAACUGGUUCGGAACUUUCUACAGAGCUAUCCAGAAGAACUUUGUGGACAUGGAGAACAUGUUCGAUUUGAUGAAGGAGGAUCAAGAGGUGAUCGAUGCCCCGGGAGCUGGAGAACUGGCAGUUAUUCGAGGGGGCUCAAUCGAUUUCUCCGAUGUUACUUUCGGGUACAAUCAAGAACGGUUUGUGCUGCGGAAUGUAAGCUUCUCGGUUCCCGCCGGUAAAACGGUUGCCUUGGUAGGUCCAUCGGGUGCCGGAAAAAGUACCAUCAUGCGAUUGCUGUUCCGCUUUUAUGACGUUGAAAGUGGAUCGAUUUCGAUCGAUGGACAAAACAUUAAAACCGUACGACAGGACUCGCUGCGAAAAGCCAUUGGAGUGGUGCCCCAGGAUACUGUGCUAUUCAACAAUAGCAUCAAAUACAACAUCCAAUACGGGCGAAUCGAUGCUCCAGAUGUGGAUAUUAUAACGGCAGCCAAAUCGGCCGAUAUCCACGACAAAAUUAUGGCUUUCCCGGAGAAGUAUGAAACGCAGGUUGGUGAGCGAGGCCUGCGAUUGAGUGGUGGAGAGAAACAACGAGUUGCCAUAGCAAGAACUAUCCUUAAAUCACCGUUCAUCGUGUUGCUGGACGAGGCCACCAGUGCGCUUGAUACGCAAACCGAACGUAACAUUCAGUCGGCAUUGGCUAGGGUUUGCGCCAAUCGAACAACGCUGAUUAUUGCCCACCGGCUGUCAACGAUCAUCCAUUCGGAUGAAAUUCUUGUCCUAAAGGAUGGCAUGAUUGUCGAAAGAGGUCGCCACGAUGAACUGCUAGGAAAGCACGGGGUCUAUGCGGACAUGUGGAACCAACAGCUCAAAAAUUUAGAUUCCACAAAGGACGGAGACACCGAUGUUCCUGCGCUGACCAAUGGAAGUGCAAAAUCGGGCGGUAAUGCUGCAGCCGGUCAACCUCGCCAUCCUCACCACCAUUAGGAGAUUGUAUAAGUAAGAUUACAGAACAAUUUGGAGGAACUCUAGAAUAUUUUUUAUUAAACCAACGACAAAAGCUGCGAGUUGGUUGAAUGUCGAAACUGAACAAAAAUAAUCAAGUUUUAAAAGAGGUUUUUUCUUAACACAGUUUGUACUAUGUUAUUUUUUGUUGAACCGUGGGCAGUGGUGUAAAAGAACAAAUUAGAGUCAUUAUUUCUGAAAUUCAAAAUUCUAUAAUUUGAAUUUCAUUUGACCGAAUGCUGUGGAUUCGUUCCAUGUUUUAUAGAAUAUUUGAAAUAAAAAAAAGUUAGGCCUGAUGAUAAGAUUGGAAAAAAUAAUUGACAAAUUGUGGUAGUAAUGUGAUAGGGGUAGCUAGUGGAUAAUUUUACAUUUCAAAAGAUUAGAGAAUAUAUUAAUCGAUAGAUACCUUUUUGUACCUACUACUUAUUUAACUUGUUCCCUUUGUAGCAACCAUCAUAAGAAUUACGUAUCAUUUCGUUUUCAUCAGUAAAGUAGGUUUAUGACAA